AUGGCUUUCGCUGGACUGAAAAAACAAAUCAACAAAGCCAAUCAGUACGUUACAGAAAAGAUGGGCGGUGCGGAAGGCACGAAAUUGGAUUUGGACUUCGUCGAAAUGGAAAGAAAAACAGACGUCACAUGUGAGCUUGUGGAAGAAUUACAAACGAAGACAAAAGAGUUUCUACAACCAAACCCAACUGCACGAGCGAAGAUGGCAGCUGUAAAAGGCAUCAGUAAACUUAGUGGACAAGCCAAGAGUAAUACUUACCCUCAACCCGAGGGUGUACUUGGUGACUGUAUGCUUCAUUAUGGCAAGAAACUUGGAGAGGAUACUGUCUUCUCAAAUUGUCUGAUUGAGAUGGGCGAAGCGCUGAAACAAAUGGCAGAUAUUAAAUACUCACUCGACGACAACAUCAAGCAGAACUUCCUCGAGCCUCUACAUCAUUUGCAGACCAAAGAUCUUAAGGAAGUUAUGCAUCACCGAAAGAAACUACAGGGACGACGAUUGGACUUCGACUGCAAACGACGUAGGCAGGCUAAAGGUGCUCAUAUUGCAGACGAUGAGAUACGACAGGCGGAGGACAAAUUCGCAGAGUCCCUUCAGCUCGCCCAAAUUGGAAUGUUCAAUCUACUUGACAACGAUGUUGAACAAGUAGCACAGCUCACGUACUUCGCAGAGGGACUAUUAGAAUAUCACCAGCAAUGUACGGAGAUCCUCAAAGGACUGGUCUCUGCGCUCAUGGAAAAGAAAGAAGAAGCAGUAAAUCGUCCCAAGAUGGAGUUUGUACCGAAAACCCUAGCUGACAUUCACAUCGAGGGCCUCCACGAUCUGAACAAUGGUAGGCGGUACGGUUCCACCCAAAGUUUGUCCCGUCCCCGUCAACACAUCCCCCCUUCCUCGUCUGUCGGCGACCUUAGUUCUACAGACCCUUUCAAGGCUUGGGAUGCACCCCCUCCUAGUCGUACCCAUGCUAAACCUGCGCCGGGGUUCAAACCGCACCCGGCGCCAAGAAAUCAAUUCAAUGGAAGGGAUCCCUGGACAGCAUCCCCGUUGCCAUCACCAGUUAAGUCGCCUGCCCGAACCCCAAUGGCGCCUCCCAAGGGACCAUGCUGCACUGCUCUCUAUGACUUCGAGCCAGAGAAUCCAGGCGAACUAGGAUUCAAGGAGAACGACGUCAUUACCCUGAUCAACAAAGUUGACGAGAAUUGGUUCGAAGGUUCAGUCAACGGCAAGACCGGUUAUUUCCCGAUCAGCUAUGUUCAGAUCACCGUGCCCUUACCUAACAUGUAA